CACACACACACACACACACUGCGGGGGGAUUUAAACACCGUCACAACUGGAGGGAGUGUGUGAGAGGAGGCACGAGACCCUGAGAUAAAGGGGGGGAUUUAUUUCUUAUUUAAAGUUACAGCACACUGAUGAUGAUGAUGAAGAUGAUGAUGAUGAUGAAGAUGCAUGAGGAUUUCUCAGACACUGUGAGACAGCUGGAGAUCCUCCCCCUCUACACGUGCUGAGGCUGGACUCAGGUGGAGCGGAUGGGACUGAGGAACUUGAUAGCACUUCAUCCUCCAGCAGCAUGGACACGCAGCUCUCUCCUGGAAGCUCCAGCUUCUGAGAUCCACACCACAGGAGAGGAGAGGAGAAGACGUCUCUGAGGUUCCUCCUGAAGGUCUCAUGAAGAAGUGAGCAGAAGAUCUUUGGUGUGAUUCUCAGAUGGAGGUUCAGGUGCUGGUGUUGGUGUUCGCCAUGCUGUGUUUGGAGUGUGUGUGCAUGGAGGACAGGAUCCCCCCCUCGGACAGGCACGCUGUCUACUGGAACAGCUCCAACGCCAGGUUCUGGCACGGAGAGUACACCGUCGCCGUGAACAUCAACGACUACCUGGACGUGUACUGUCCGUACUACGAGGAGUCGCAGCCGGCGAGCCGGAUGGAGCGCUACAUCCUGUUCAUGGUGAACCACGAAGGCUACGUCACCUGCGAACACCGCAUGAGGGGGUUCAAACGCUGGGAGUGUAACCGGCCGCAGAACGUCGACGGCCCGCUGCGCUUCUCUGAGAAGUUCCAGCUCUUUACGCCGUUCUCGCUCGGCUUCGAGUUCCGCCCCGGACACGAGUACUACUACAUCUCGUCUCCUCACCCCAAUCACGCUGGAAAGCCCUGCUUGAAGUUGAAGGUUUAUGUGAAACCAGCAGACGGUUCAGCGUUCGAGUCUCCGGAGCCGUUCCUGAUCGACCGGAGCCCCGCUCUUAAGCUCCGCCUCUGCUUCAUACUGCUCUCAGUGGCUGCGUCGAGGCUGAUGGUGAUGAUGAUGAUGAUGUGAAUGUACAGUUUGCAGGAUUAUUCCCUCAUUUUUGCCCCUCAGGGAAGUGUUUCUGCCCCCGAUCUGCCCCACAGGUGCUAAUGAGCACUAAAGCUAAAACGCUAAAGAACGGUGCGGUCUGACACCGAGGAACAAAACGGAUUAUAAGCUUUUCUCGGCUUUGACGUGAUGCAUGGAUACAAACAGAGCGACAUGAAAUUGAAAAGCCAAUUUGAAACGGACGUUUUUCUGAUUUCCCACUUUUGUCUCGGCUCUGAGUGUCGUCCCCCAUCAUGACACCAGAUGACUACAUCCUGAUCGCUUUCCUUUUUUUUUUUUUUGGAAGAUUUGAGAACCAGCACUUAUAAAACCCUAGCUGUAGACGUCUUCACGUGCAUGUGAAACACUGUGAGGGAAACGAAUCUUAAUUAAGAUUCUUUAUUAAUACUCGAUUUUUAUUGGUGAUCAGUUGGAGGACGCUGCAUCCACGCUGCAGAUGUUGUUGAUUCGGGAAGGAAAAGGAAGCGACUGUGUUUUGUCUCUGUUUGAGGUGAAACUCUUCACUGAGCUCAGAAACACGCCGUUUUUUUGGAUUAUGUUUCAUGUUAUUUUUGUAGCGUUUAAAAGCGGCAUUAAUUAUUUAUGUGACACGGGGAAAGGGUUUUUAGUGUCUCGUGUGUCGGUGAAUCAGCAGCUCUGUGGAACUCGCUCUCCUUCAGCAUGUGUUGGGCGUCGGCCGGCUUUAAAGUCUCACGUUACGGUAAACGCCGAAGCUCUCGGCCCGGGUUACGGCAUCCUCUCCAUAUUAUAAACAGGUGCAGUGACGAUGGUUUUUCACACUUUCAUGCCUGUCAGGUACCAGUGACCCUAAGAAGACGGCUCACUCUGUGCUGCCUAGUUAGGGAACCUACAAAGGGUUUGUGAUGAUAUUUUAGUGUGUGUAUCAUGAUAUAUCAGCACAUCCCUGCCUUCAGUACCUUAAAGUGUUUGAUGUCUAAAAAAAACACGCCCAACGUGCCCAUAUGCCCCCACAUGCAAUACCCACUACUCUCUUCCGUGUUCUGUUUUUCAUGCAAGCUUUUGUACAGUACAGCCAUCUUUCUUUGUGCAAAAUGGAGAGAAUGAAAUAAAAAAUAAAA